AUGACCUUGGGUUAUGAACCCAGGACCUUUGCACACGGCCUCAACUUUGUAGAGCGUUCUAGUACUGCCACAUCACCGCGGCUGGCCUCGUUCACUGAGGAGUCCGACCCGGAUGGAGAUGUUUUUGUAGGCAUUGAAGAGAUCACGCAGACCCUAGACAUCUUGUCUACCAAGCACCAUGGAGCAAACACGCUUUCCCGGGCUGUCUGUGAAAGCCGGGGUGCCAAUUUCCCAUACAACAACGGCUCCCUGGUUUGGUGCCAGAGUCACAAGCAAUGUUCCAAGUGCCUGGAGCCCUGCAAGGAAUCGGGGGAUCUGAGGAAACACCAGUGUCAAAGCUUCUGCGAGCCUCUCUUCCCGAAGAAGAACUACGAAUGCCUGACUAGCUGCGAGUUCCUCAAGUACAUCCUGCUGGUGAAACAAGGGGAGUGCCCGGCUCCGGAGAAAGCCAGUGGAUUCGCUGCUGCCUGCGUUGAAAGUUGUGAGGUUGACAACGAGUGCUCCGGGGUGAAGAAAUGCUGCUCUAAUGGCUGUGGCCACACCUGUCAAGUGCCCAAGACUCUGUACAAAGGUGUGCCCCUGAAGCCCAGGAAAGAAUUACGAUUUACAGAACUGCACAGCGGCCAUCUGGAGAUCAAGUGGUCCUCGAAAUUCAAUGUUUCCAUCGAGCCGGUGAUCUACGUGGUUCAAAGAAGAUGGAAUUACGGAAUACAUCCUAGUGAGGAUGAUGCCACCCACUGGCAGACGGUGGCCCAGACCACAGACGAGCGUGUUCAACUGACUGACAUACGACCCAGCAGGUGGUAUCAGUUCCGAGUGGCCGCUGUCAACGUGCAUGGGACCCGAGGCUUCACUGCCCCCAGCAAGCACUUCUGCUCUUCCAAAGAUCCGUCAGCCCCGCCAGCGCCAGUGAACCUCCGCCUUGCCAACUCCACCGUGCACAGCGAUGGCACGGUAACCGUCACUCUCGUGUGGGACCUCCCCGAGGAGCCAGACCUCCCCGUGCACCACUACAAAGCCUUCUGGAGCUGGACGGUCAGCAGCAAGUCACUUGUCCCCACCAAAAAGAAGCGGAGAAAGACUACAGAUGGGUUUCAGAAUUCCGUGACGCUGGAGAGGCUACAGCCAGACUGUGACUAUACCGUGGAACUGCAGGCCAUCACGUACUGGGGACAGACACGCCUCAAGAGCGCCAAAGUGUCCCUUCAUUUCACAUCCACGCACGUGGCCAAUAACAAGGAACAGCUUGGAAAAGCUCGGAAAGGUGUGAUUCCAAUGCAGCCCCCUUUCCAAAGACGACGAAGCACCCGCCCGCUGGAAAUCGGAGCUCCGUUCUUCCAAGACGGUCAACUGCAAGUCAAGGUCUACUGGAAAAAGACCGAAGAUCCCGGCGUCAGCCAAUACCGUGUGCAGUGGUUUCCGGAAGUCUGUGCCCACAACAGAACAGCCGGGACAGCGACAGCAUCUGCCAUGACCCACGAAAAUUACAUAAUUCUUCAGGAUCUGUCAUUUUCCUGCAAAUACAAGGUGACCAUCCAGCCAGUACGGCAGAAGGGCCACUCCAAGGCAGAAGCAGCAUCCUUUACAACGCCCCCGUGUUCCAGUCUCAAGGGGAAAAGCUACAAGCACAUUAGCUGUCCCGGGGAAGCAGGUCAUGCUCUUUCCAAAGUGCUAGCCAAGCCCGAGAACCUUUCUGCCUCCUUCAUCGUCCACGACAUGAACAUCACGGGCCACUUUUCCUGGAAGAUGGCCAAGGGCAACCUCCAUCAGCCCAUGACUGGGUUUCAAGUGACGUGGGCGGAGGUGACCACGGAGAGCAGACAGAACAGCCUCCCCAACAGCAUUAUCUCCCAGUCCCAAAUACUGCCUUCGGAUCAUGAUGUGCUGACCGUUUCCAAUCUGAGGCCGUCCACCCUCUACCGACUGGAAGUCCAGGUGCUCACCAUCGCCGGGGAGGGGCCGGCCACCAUCAGGACGUUCCGCACUCCAGCUCUCCCGCCCUCUUCCGGACACAGACCUCAUCUUAAACACCAUCACCCACAUCACUACAAGUCUCCUCCGGAGAGAUACUAAGCUGUCUCAAAAGGCAUUUACGCAUUGCACAAAUCAGUACGCGCGCUCAACUGCAGCCACCAGGCGGCCCACGGGGAGCAGCGGGAGGAACUUCUCGGAGGCCCUUCCUUUCCUCCGCGACCUUAGUGCAGUAAGUACUGUAAUUGCCAAUGCUUCCGGAGACAAGUGACAGGGAGCUGACCAGCGAAGACGGAUGCCACUUUCCACGGGAAUGGAGGAAAUGAAGACCACGCCAACAGAAGUCUGCAUUCCCUUCCAUUAUCGGCUUUGCUAAUCCCUACUGACUCACUGCACAAAUGAGAUGUCCCCCGACUUGGAAACAGCAUAUUCUCAAGACCAAGUAGCAUAACAAAUAGCUCAGUCCUACCCGUGAGACAUCCAUUGAGUCACUAGGACAUGUUUUUUGAAUCACACGAUUGAUUUGUAAAAUGAACUUGAGAUUAUACAGAUGUUAGGCCCUAUUUAUCGAAACCUUUCAUGAGAGCCUUUUUAUUAGACAGGAUUUUUAACUAACAAUUUGUAACCUGAAAACUGCCAAUGAAUUAAGAUCUAAAACUAUCCACACUUUAAGCACCCGGUGCUUUUUUUCAUACAGAGACAAAUGAAAGUACAAUCUUUAAGUUCUGAUUUAUGAAAUACACCUUCGGUCAGACGGAAAUGGAUAAACUAAGGUGCUUCCCUGAUUUUGCUUUGGAGAAACUAAAAUUUGUUUCUGGGGACCUGUGUUGCUAUUUCAUCCUAUACUAUGAAAGCCUUUCCUAACAGUUUAUCUUAUUUAUAUGUUUCCUUACUUUCUUCAAUGGGGACAACAGCUGUUGGUAUUCUUGCUUUUACCAUCUGCAAGUUUAUAAAAACCUCUUGCUUCAAAUGAAAAGAACACCAACUAUUAAACAGUUUCCAUUCUUUAUGGAAAUCUGCCUUUUCUUAAUCAAAGUGACCUAUGUGUAUGUUAAGAUAUUCUCCAUACUGUAAAAACAAAAAAAAAAAAAAAAAGGAGGGGGGGAAGGCUUUGAUUGAAGGAGAAGGACAAUUAUUUGCCUUCAAUGAACCUUUACUGUUUCAAAUCCAUUCUAUCUUGUUUAGAAAGUUUCUCAUGGUCUAGACUUCUCCUUUAUAGCAUGAAUCGAAGUAAAAACAUGUUAUCAACAUACAGUCGCUGUGUAUAUUGGGGCAACCUAAGACACAGGAAUGUGUAUUUGAAAAUAGUUUAUUCUUGAUGGGAAUACCCACAUACCUUGUUCAAAGUGUGGAAGGCUGUGGGUAUACCUAUGCACUGAAAAGUGUGUGUGUAUCUAUGUAUACAUAUAUGAGUAUACGUGUAUAUAUGUAUGUAUCCACACACAGACACCUGCAUAUACAUGCAUACACCUUGCGUAUGAAUCACUAAGAAAUUGUUUUCACCAACCACCGAUUAUGGGUAAAGAUAUAGCUGUUCUUUUUCUUUAUCUGUUCUUUUUUUUAAAAAAAAAAAAAACUUCCUUUAAUUGCCACAGGGAAUAUGUCUUGACCAGAGAGAGAGAGAGAGAGGAAGUACUCCCCAUGGGGCAUGGUAACACCAUAAUCCCUUUCCCUCCAGUCCCCCUUUCCACCAGGUGGGUGGAUAUGCACACACACACACACACACAUACACACACACACACUCUCAGUGUGCUUCUCCAACUCCUGGGGCCGGGAACAGAACGGUGUCCGCUAUGUGGCAUCUCAUUCCCUUCAUCUCUGCAUCAGAUGUAUGAGUUCUUUGAAAGAUCGUAAAGAUAGUAUCCUUUCUCCACCAAUACUGAGUCGAUGAGAAUGGAGUCAUUUACCAAAAAUGAAACAUUUGACAAGAAAGACUUCCUGCCACAUUUUAUUAUCGGCCCAAGUACCAUGGGAAUACAAGCAGUGACAUUAUUCUUAGGUUUUGAUGCUGGAACUUGUUCCUAUGGAUUCAUUUUCUGGGUAGGUGCAUGUGCCAGAACUCACCGACCCCGUGAGGCUGCCCUGUGCUGUGGAAAGGUAGACGCAAAAUACACGCAGAGAGACCACCUUUACUCUGUUGAGGCACGCCACUAGAAAACACAGUCUGGAACACGGGUACCUGACAGCAGAUAUUGCAAUCCGCUUCCUGCGGGUUAAAGUGUUUACCAAGCAGGUAAUGCAGAAACGUCUUGCAGCUUUGGACAUGGACCAUGAAAUACAAACUCCGAAGGAAUGCUCAUGUUGGUUUCUGUAGGUUCUCCUGCUGUAGGCUGGGGUGAACUUACAUCAUACGUGUUAAGAAGUCGUCAGGUUCUAACACUUAGGUAUUUGGAAGGAAAAGAACAAGAAAGACUCUUCACAUGAGCACACCCUUUAGCUCGAGCAAACCCCAGAGACAUCGCUGAACUUGCGAUUUAUUCUAGUGCCAUGGUCGACGCUGGCAUGUGAAGUUCUUGAGAUUUCAACAGUUAACACGUCUAAUGACUGACUACCCAUUGAUCUUCUUCCUUAAUUUGUCAUAAGCAAAUUGAAAUAUUUGUGUGAGCUAAUUUCUGUACUGUUGUAUUGUUUAAAACAUAGGCAUAUAUAGAUACAAAAUUGUAUUAAAUUAUUAUAUAAAUUUAAUUUUAUAAAAUUUAAUUAAGUUUCUUAUGUCUGCAUAAUAGACAUUGAACAAAUGAAUAUAUACUUAGUCAGAUGACGGUUCUUGUAGCUUACAUCCUCCUUAAAACACCGGAAGCUGCUUUAUGAGAAUCUAAUUUUGCUAUGACAUUCAGUGAUUUUAAUUCUAUUUGUGUGGUGAGAAGGAAAACAUCAUUAUUAAUAAAAUGAUCAAAGAAACUUAAGUUUCUCUUUUGAAGCUUAAUAACCUACAAUAACAGUCAAAGUUCAAAAAUAUGAUUUUUGAAUUUUAAAAAUGUGUGCAGUAAUAAAGGGAUAAAAUCCAAGUGCUCUUGAAAACAGAGCUCUCGUACCUGAUUCUGUCAUAUGUUUUCUUGAAGUUAGAUGCCUUUCUCAAAAGCGAUGGAAAGUAGAUCCAGUGACACCCGACAUGAGUUUUAACCUGCUGGGUCCGGGGCUCAAACCAUGGUCAACGCUGUGAGAGUCCAGCGACGUAACUAUUCUGUCAUCUGCUGGUCCCCGCUAUAGAAUGAUUUUUAUCAACCAAUAUGUGCCCUUUCACAUCAUUACCAGUUGAACAUGACUGACAGAAAACAAAGUGGUCAUGGUAGUCUUCUGAAACAUGUAUUAAACAUUCAUAGGUUAAAACUACACCUGUGUCUUAGGAACUGGCAAGAACGCAGAAGUGGAGAGGUUUCUGUUGCGGGAGGCUGUCCCGAGCAAGGCAGGGCGUGUGGCCGCAUCCCGAAUCUCUGUGUUUACUACAGGCCGGUUGCAUGUCUCCUUGAGUUGAGAGAACCAGAAAUGUCUCCAGAGACUGCCAAGUGCCUGCUGGGGGAUCCAUGCACCCCGGGUGGAGAACCACUGCCUUAGACAGUGAUCUUGUGAUGAGAAGUGAGAUGAGAGAUGAGAAGUAGCUCUAAACAAGGAACUCGAUACGUUCUAGGAGCGAGCCCCAAGAACUGAGGGACACCCAAUAAACCACUGCAUUUGACUUCCAUGAUCUGAAUGGCGUCCUUUAUGUCCCCCUGAUUCAAAGAACGGAUUUGGACCUGUGUCUAUAUUGUGCAAAUACAAACAUCCGUUGUGUUCUGUGCAUCUGUAAAUGCCGUUUGUGAUAUUGACUUAUUUAUUUAAUACUCUUUCUUACACUAGGGGCCAUGGGUUCCUCAAGUUUACCGAUAGUUGUGAUUGCAAAUAACCUUAACUCUUGUCAUACAAACUUUCAUGUUAUAACCAGAUCACGAUGGCUAAUUAUCUGUUGCAUGUACUCAGAAGUUCACUUUCAAAUGCAAAUGGAUCUCUAAA